AUGGCAAGAAAUUGCCUCGAAGGGCCCUCCCAUCGACGACCACCGAGAAGCUAUGCUCCUCAGGUCUUGCACGACGACGACCCAGUGAAGGACGUACUGGAGCGUGUCAAUCAACGUCUCACCAACAUAGAGACAAUCAUCAUUACGACGCCUCAAGGCGAUCAACAGAGUGGUGCUGGCCACGGUAGUGAAGCUACGUGGUCUGGCAUCUCAGCAGUCCCUGGGAGCGCGUCCCAGAAGUGCCCCGGCCCAGUCUUCAACAUCGCUCUCACCCGCAAGCAGCGCAAGCAGGCUUCAGCCCCAGGGUUCAGGGAGAUCAAGAUUCGAGUCAACGACUGCGAGCUGUCCGAAUCAUACCGCCGCAAGCCCAAACCCUCCGAGUUCAUCGUGAACAUGUGCUUGGGAACACGUCUUUGGGGACAAGGCAAAGUCAAGAUCCCAGUUCAUGGAGUGGUGGUGUCCGACAUCCCCAUCCACAGAAUGAACACCAAAAACCAGUUGGGGGCGAUUGAGGCCAUCAAACAAUCCAACGAGAAACUGCUGGGCAAUGCCGACAUCCACCAGGUCCACUGGUUGGGCAAGGCACAGCCUGGAAAGUCGUGGAACGCCCUGGUGAUAGAGUUCCACAGUAUCUACGUUGCAGAUACAGUUGUCAAGGCCCAGAACAUUGCAUUCGAGGGCGCCCCCAAAAGGUCCAAAGGUUCGACAAAGACUGCAAGUCACUCGAAGGAGCACACCAACAAGCAGUGCCCGGAUAUCGACAACCGGGCGAAGUGGCAAUGCGGGGCAUGCAAGAGACAUAGGCACAGAGCUUGGGACCCUGAGUGUGAGAGGAAGAAGACCGAAAUCGCCCGCAUCAUGGCGGCGAAGAAGGCCCUGAAGGAUGACCCUUACUUCCUCCCAGACGUCACCAUCACCCCAGGCAUCUCUGCCACAACCACGAGAGCUCCCAGCACGGUGGGGAGCGAUCACCAAGGCGGUGCGGAGUUGACCCCACCAUCCGUAAACUCCUCACCACCGACUCUCCCUCUCCCCUCUUGA